GGUUGAAUGUAAGAUGGCGCCCAGGGAGCUGUGAGGGGAAAAGACUCGGGGCCGAGGCGGCGGCGGCGCGAGGCGACGGCGGCAACGGGGCCGGGAACGUUACAAGUCUAAGAGCUCAGGACAAGAGCAGCAGAAAUACAUGCAACAUGGUGACUGGAACCCUAAGGACCUUGCAAUAUGAAUAAUUCUUUGGAGAACACCAUUUCCUUUGAAGAAUACAUCCGUGUGAAGGCGCGAACGAUCCCCCAGCACAGGAUGAAGGAGUUUCUGGACUCCCUUGCUUCCAAGGGUCCGGAAGCCCUGCAGGAGUUUCAGCAGACGGCCACCACCACAAUGGUGUAUCAGCAAGGUGGCAACUGCAUUUACACGGACAGCACAGAGGUGGCUGGCUCUUUGCUUGAACUUGCUUGUCCUGUGACAACCAGUGUCCAGCAGCAAACCCAGCCAGAGCAGCAAAUACAAGUUCAGCAACCCCAGCAAGUCCAGGUUCAGGUCCAGGUCCAGCAGUCCCCACAGCAGGUCUCCGCCCAGCAGCUCUCUCCACAGCUGACUGUCCAUCAGGCUUCGGAGCAACCAAUACAGGUCCAAGUGCAGAUCCAAGGCCAGGCGCAGCAGCAGGCGUCCCAGACAAUACAGAGUCAGUCUCUUCAGAGCCCCAGCCCAUCCCAGCUGCAGGCAGCUCAGAUUCAAGUGCAGCAUGUGCAGACUGCCCAGCAGAUCCAGGCUGCGGAGAUCCAGGAGGAACACAUACAACAUCAGCAGAUCCAGGCCCAGCUUGUGGCAGGACAGGCCAUUACUGGCGGCCAGCAGAUACAGAUCCAAACAGUUGGAGCACUGUCACCUCCACCUUCUCAACAGGGCUCUCCACGAGAGGGAGAGCGGCGGAUCAGCACUGCCAGUGUCCUUCAGCCAGUGAAGAAACGUAAAGUGGAUAUGCCAAUUACUGUAUCAUAUGCUAUUUCAGGGCAGCCAGUUGCCACCGUGCUGGCCAUUCCUCAGGGCCAGCAGCAAAGUUACGUCUCUCUAAGGCCAGACUUGUUAACAGUGGACAGUGCCCACCUGUACAGUGCCACUGGGACCAUUACUAGCCCCACUGGAGAGACUUGGACCAUCCCUGUUUACUCUGCUCAACCACGUGGUGACCUUCAGCAGCAAAACAUAACCCACAUUGCCAUCCCUCAGGAGGCCUACAAUGCCGUCCACGUCAGUGGCUCUCCAACUACGCUGGCUACCGUGAAGCUGGAAGAUGACAAGGAUAAGAUGGUGGGAGGCACUUCAGUAGUGAAGAACUCUCAUGAGGAAGUGGUGCAGACUCUUGCUAACUCGCUCUUUCCGGCGCAGUUUAUGAAUGGCAACAUCCACAUUCCAGUGGCAGUGCAGGCUGUGGCAGGGACCUACCAGAACACAGCACAGACGGUGCACAUAUGGGACCCGCAGCAGCAACAGCAGCAGCCCACACCCCAAGAGCAGGGGCAGCAGCAGCAGCAGCUACAAGUCACUUGUUCAGCUCAAACUGUACAGGUUGCUGAAGUUGAACCACAGCCUCAGCCACAGACUUCACCUGAACUUCUACUCCCAAACUCUCUGAAGCCAGAAGAAGGGCUUGAAGUGUGGAAAAGCUGGGCACAGACCAAGAAUGCAGAGCUGGAAAAAGAAGCCCAAAAUAGGCUAGCGCCUAUUGGAAGGCGUCAGCUGCUGAGGUUCCAAGAAGAUCUCAUCUCUUCAGCUGUGGCUGAGCUGAAUUAUGGUCUAUGCUUAAUGACACGAGAAGCUCGAAAUGGUGAUGGUGAACCCUAUGAUCCAGAUGUGCUCUACUAUAUCUUCCUGUGUAUUCAGAAGUAUCUCUUUGAAAAUGGCCGAGUAGAUGACAUCUUCUCAGAUCUCUACUAUAUUCGGUUCACUGAAUGGCUGCAUGAAGUUCUCAAGGACGUACAGCCCCGUGUUUCCCCUCUUGGUUAUGUCCUCUCCAGUCAUGUAACAGAAGAGAUGCUGUGGGAGUGCAAGCAACUUGGAGCUCACUCUCCUUCCACCUUGCUCACUACACUGAUGUUUUUUAAUACAAAAUACUUCCAGCUGAAAACAGUAGACCAGCACAUGAAGCUGGCCUUCUCCAAAGUGUUGAGGCAGACCAAGAAGAACCCUUCUAAUCCCAAGGAUAAAAGCACGAGUAUCCGCUAUCUGAAGGCUCCUGGUGCACACCAGACAGGACAGAAAGUUACAGAUGACAUGUAUGCAGAGCAGACUGAGAAUCCAGAGAACCCCCUGAGGUGUCCGAUAAAGCUGUAUGACUUCUACCUCUUCAAAUGCCCCCAGAGUGUGAAAGGCCGGAAUGACACGUUUUACUUGACACCGGAGCCAGUGGUGGCCCCCAACAGCCCGAUCUGGUAUUCCAUCCAGCCGAUCAGCAGAGAGCAGAUGGAGCAGAUGCUCACCCGGAUCCUGGUGAUACGAGAGAUUCAGGAAGCUCUUGCCGUGGCUAAUGCCAGCACCAUGCACUAAGAAAACAUGAACUACAGGAUUGGCCUGGAUGGUUGGGGCCUCUGUCUCCUUGGAGCAUGUGCAGCCUAGAGGGCACAGAAUGAUGGAUGGACCUGCUCAGCCAGUGGAGGAGAGGCAGGCAUCUUCUUUUCUUGUGCUUGGACGUUAAUUUGCUGUUAUCUUGGAAGGAAGAGGAGAGAGUGAACUGCAAUUGUGAUUUAUACAAAAAACCCACAAACCAACGAUUUCUAUUCAGACCUUUAAGUGACAUUUUUAGAUGUUAAAAGUACAAACUUUACCACACUCUUCUUUUUUGGCCUAACAUUGAGGCCUUAAACCUUGAGGCUCCUGUGCCUGAUGGAAUUCUUGUAACAUACACUUGUGUAUCAUAUAAAGAUACCACCCUGUUUCUCUUAUGUAUUCUUACUCUAGUUGUUUAUUAAGAAUGACGAGCACGUCUUUUCAACAUGCCAUUGAACAAUGUGUCUUUAUUUGGGGAAGAGUGAGCUGUGAGGGUGGGGGGGUCAUUAUUCAAAGAUCAGUAUGCAAACCAGUUGUUUUCAUCCCUAUUUGUGCUUUCCAGCUUGACUCUGCUGGACUUCUUUCACCCCUGCAAAUUAGGAAGGUAGAAGGGGAUUAAUUUCUGUUGAAGGACCUGAAUGUCUGCUUGCUGAUGGAAGCUCAGUGUCAGGCUAGGAACAUGGGAUCUGUGACACCAGAUCAGACUGUCCCAGUGUUCUGUGACCAGCCUGUGAGGCUUCACCCCUUGGCAAAUCCCCUUCUCCUUACCUUUGCAAACUCAUCACACCAGCGGCAUGAUGGAGGGGUGUUGGAGGGAAAAGGCCUUCCAGGAGCAGCACAUGGCUUACUCCUGCCAUUUAACAGCCUUUUCACAGUUUUUAACACAGCUGUGUAGCUUCUGGCAUCAUUCAUGAUCAUAAAUCCCAACUCUGUAGCUUUUGCUUUGCUGCAUCUUAAAUGGUUGCUGUAUUUUAUAUCAUUAACAGUAGUCUGCUCUUUUGAAGCCAGUGGGUAGCCAACCGUGCUUGAAAUAGGAGAUCAUUAGCCAGGGUUGUUAUUUGUGCCACCAGCUUCUUGGAUGCAGAGAGAUGACUCUGCUUCUUGAACUUGUUUUCCCUGCUUCUCCAUCUCAAGUCCCUUCCCUGUUCCAAAACAUAGAGAUACCUUUAAAUAUAAAUUACAGUAAAAGAACUUAAACGUGUGUACAGGCAAGCAGUUUUUCUGAAGCUUCUGUUGACCAGCACCUGUCUGUAUGGAGAAGGAAGGAAGGUCUGCCCUCUCUGAUGGUUGUGCACAGUGUAGACAGUGAGAGUUGCCAUAAUGUUCCCUGCCUUUGUGUUCUUGAUCAGUGUUGAGAUGUGCAGGCUUAGAGAGACUUCAGGCCUCUGAUGCUUCAUGAUGAUGUUGGUGUUCAUGAGGAAGCAGAUGUGCUUUGGUUGGUUGUCAGUAUUAAUUUGUUCCCCGUACAGGACUUUGUGUGCAAACUUGUGCAGAGAGGUGAGGUUUUUUGUUAAUACCUGCUCAGUGUCUGCCCUCAAAGUUGCACAAGGUGUAAACAGCUUGGGAUUGGUGCCUGGAUCCCAGUGGGUGAGUUGGGAAGGUGGUGCCCAGGUGAUGUGUAGUGCUGGCAACACACACCCUUGGCUCAGGUCAGCUCCUAGGGCCCAGCAGCUGCUCCCUGGAAGGGAGGAACUGCGAAUACUGCUUCAGCUGUCAGAAGUGACUGCAGUGUCCAUCUCUGGCCCUUAUUUAAUGACAUGGUUAGGCACAAGCUCCCACUGUUUCAAGCAUCUGGGUGUGCUUGUUGCUCAGGAUGCCCAAGAGGCCUGCAAAAAGUGGGUUUCCCUUUCUUUUGGGCAGUUUGUCCUGCCUUCUGAGCAGCAGCAACAAUGUGAGAGAAACUUCAGACACCUGUUCCCUGUUCCCCAGUGCCCUGCUGUACUACAUGGGAAACUGCCUCCAGCAUUCCUCAACUUCAGCAUGAGCCUGCUACUUGUCUGUCUCCAUCCCAAAUGCAGUGGGUGUUGAAUUCAUCUGCCAGAUACCCAGUGAACACAUCGCUUCAUUAGGUGGCUUUGAGAGUCACCUCUUACUCUAAAAAUUGCCAGAAGCUGGAAUAACUUGACUGAAUAUUAAGGCAGUUCCAGGUCAGGGGUGAGCAGAUACUCCAGCUGGGCUUUCUGGGGAAACAGAGUUCCAUGUUACCUCAGAAUUCUAGGAUGUUCACUUUCCUUACUACCCUUAACUGCAGGAUGAUCUAAAAUCUUUGUAGGGGCAGAGUUCUCUUUGAUCUCUUUGAUCUGCUCCAAUGUGGGGGCACACAGCGAACUAUAGAGCUCUCCCAAUGAUUGGUUUUGUCCUGACUGAAGUCUUUCCAUUAUUUUCUCAUUGUUCAGAUGUUCCUAGGAGAGGGAUUUGCUGACGCAGAAGUGGGCUGCUGUACUGUUCUGUCUCAUCAGAAUGUCCACCAUGUUUACUUCAUUCCCUAUUUUUAGAGACAAUCGAUAUACUGUGAUUUAAGGAUUAUUUUCCUGGACCUGGCUUCUAGUGUGGCUCUCUGGAGCCAGUUCAAAAGGUACAGUAUUUCUAGAGUAUAAAUACUAUGUUCUUUGAUAGUGAAGAACACUAUCUGCUCCCUUUUAGGGGCUCAUAGGAGGACACGUGCUCAGAGCAGCACGGAAGAGUGCUGUGGCUUAGGGUUGCUAUCCAAGUUCUGGGAAAUAUUCCCAGUCAAACAUGUAAAAUAGCUUUUUAACACUUUCCUAUAACCAGCUUGACUGCUGCUUAAAGGGCAUUUCCCCUUAGCUCUGAGAGUGCCAAACUGCUAGCUCUUGUACCUGUGUAUAUAUUAAAUGAGGACUCUGCACCCUAUGCCUUGUGUGAGACAGGCUGAAAAUGCAUUGAUCUCUAAAUAAACAAAGCUGAGUCAACCUAGAGACUCUCUGUUGCUGGUUUCUAACUGUUCCCAUCUUGUCUCUGUGGUAUGAAAGGAACCAUAAGAAACAGAGCAUGACUGACUACUGUAAAGGACCUCCUGUUCUGAGAUGAAACAUGCAUGUUGUCCUGUCGCUCGACACCAACAGUGUUGCUUUCGUAAGGAAUCUUGUAGCCUCUUAGACUCUUGUCCAUGGCACCAUUAGAUUUUCGUGUACUUUCAAGAAUUUAAGUGUUUCUGCUAGGUAUGUAGCAGGGCAGAGCAAACCAGGAUAUGGUUCUUCUCUCCUGUCUGCAGUGGUGAGCAAAGGGAACAGUCUUAAGUAACUUACAAAUGGCACUCAUCUGUUGGCUGCUUCACCCCUACAGAGCUCUUGGAUUUGAUGGGGAGACCGGUUUUGAAGCAGUUCCUGAACUGUUCUGCCUUGUACCAAUGAAAAAAAGACUUGAUCUAAUGCCUAAAUCAGAAUCCUCUUCUGCACUGUUGCUCCUUGGGCAAAAAUUGAGAUACUCUUGUUCUAGACUGUGUCAGGGCCACUUUCUGCCUUGUUGUGUGUAGAAGGAAUGGACUAGGCCAUCUUCACACCUGUGCUAUAAUAAGAACAGAUCCAGAAGCAGUAGAAAAGAGCCCUCUGGGAAUAGGUGGGGUAGAGGACUUGCUGAUACUCUAGUUGCUCAUCCUCUAGCUGGACACUGCACAGUCCAACCAAACCAUUCUCAUCCAAGUUUAACAGAGACUUACUUGCAAUUACUGUCUGGACUCUUAAUUCAUCAUCAAAGCAGGAUAUAAGCAGUCUUCCACCCUAGACUGGGCUUUUCUCCCCACCUUCUUGCUGGGGCUGCUCCUCUUCGAUACCACAGGGAAUGUACCUUACCCUGACAUUUCAGUCUGUUCAUUUCACUGGUGCCAAUGCAUAGGUAACAGCUUUUCUCAUCUCCAGCAUCUUCCUACCGUAAAGAGCAUCUCAAAUCUUCUUUGAGAAGUCUCACUGACACGCUGCCCCAAAGUCUCUGAGGCGAUGGCUGUGUCCCCUUCUCCUCAGUUCCCUUUCUUGCGUGGCCGCAGCUCCGCUCUCAGCGCUGCAGUCGCUCUCCCUGUGUAACCUCGUGCAUGGCAGCCCUGCUCGCCUGCUUCUCUGUUACUGUUUGAGCUCUCUAGAACGGGGAGGCAGACUGAAAUCACAGCAGCAAUAAACCACGUCUAGAACUCCAAAGGGAACUGCAGGAGAGAACAAGGUGGAGGGGAUGUCUCGGAAGGGCAGGGUCCCGUUGCAGCCCAGAGCCUCGCUUGAUAAUGAGUGUGCAGCCUAUAUGCAAAAUACGUCUUGUCUGUCCCUCCCAUGUUGACCCUGGUCUAAACAGCACAUGUGAUUGGCAUCCUGCAAAGUGACCUUCAGAACUCUCCAGUAGCUUUGCCCCGUGAGUAACUCACACUACAAAUCAUUUUAAAGAGAUGCACUCAACUAUUUUUUUAAUUUAAUUUUACUCUUAUAUUCUCUGCUCUUUGUAAUCUGCUUGGAAAUAAAAUGUUUUUCCCUGCA